CCACUAAAUUUUUAUUUCAUCUUUCCUCCAACUUCAACAUCCAGAAAGAUGGCUACAGUACUCGGCAAACGCAAGUCGCGCGCGCAGAAAGUCGAACCCUCGGUAUCCCAAGAAGAAGCUCUAGCUAUCUUCCGCCAGCACUUUGAAGCCCAGUUUGCGCCGUUAGAUCCGUUACAUACCGCCUCAAAACCGGUACAAACUGACGAACCCGAAGACCUGCGCUCCGACUCAGACGAAGCCUCUGAGGACUCUUGGGGCGGCGUAUCUGACUCCGAGUCGGAAAUAGAAUCAGAAUCAGAAUCAGAAUCAGAAUCCACACCACAUACUUCAUCGACAGUCGAGGUCGUUGAAGUAGUCACCCACACGAGCAAACUUCCUACGCUCUCCACCGAUCCCCUCUCCAAACGCGAGAGCAAAGCCUACCUAUCCUCGCGUGUUCCUUCCUCAUCUUUAGACCCAAAUACUUCCUCUUCCACCCCGGCGACAAAGCACAAAAAUGCCGCGGACGAAGAUGCUCCUUCACUUCUAAAAAACGACCUAGCGCUACAACGUCUAUUAUCCGAAUCGCACCUCCUCUCCGGGUCGGGCCAGAACAACGGCAGCAUAGAACAUGCGGGUCGCAAUCGCCAUCUAGCUACGGACCUACGGCUAGCAGCGCUCGGCUCCAAGUCGAGCAUCUUCAAGCAGGCCAAGAUGCCCAUGUCGCAUCGGAAAGGCAUCGUAGCCGCCGCGACGACGCGCGAGACCAAGAGGCGUAAGGAGGCUCGCGAGAAUGGCAUCAUCCUCGAGCGUCCUACGAGUACGGCCACAAAAGGGAAACCCAAAGUCAGAAAAUUUGAGAGGGCUGUCGAUGCUCCUGCAGUAGGAAAGCUGAGGAACGGUAUGCUGAAACUAAGCCAGAAGGACAUUGCUGAGAUCCAAGGGGAUGAUAGGAGAUCUGGUGGUAGAAGCGGUGGGAAGAGGAGGCGACGGUGAAAGAAUGAGUGACAACGACGAGCGACUCACCCAGAUUCAUCCAGCGAUGUGUUGUGAGAUGGGUACAUCAAUGUCUUACAACGAAUCGCAUUGUAUAAGCGCAUCCACAAGAAACUACACCAAUCUUCCUACUCUUAUUCCCCUCUGCAUCAGCUCAUAUAUAUUCUUCUGGAGCGACGUGUC